AUGGUGUUCUCAAUAAUCACUGGAAUCCCAAUGUGUUGUAUCUAUUUCGCUUCUCAGUUGGGUGCUGCUUAUCCGGAAUUGCACGAUGGAAUUCAAUUAGAAACCAUCAGAGUGCUUCCAUACGAAACGAUCAUGAUAUUCUUUUUUCCCCUUCCUCCACAUCUUGGUGGUGUAAUUGAAGAUAGUCAUACCGCAAUAUUUUAUCUUUUUGGUAUGAUACAAUCUGCAUUUUUAUGUAAUGUAUGCAAUUUAUUGUACUAUAAUUAUGAAUGGAUGAGUCCCCAUUGUGGUAGAAUAAUGUCAACAAUGUUCAUGUGUUAUGGGAUACGAAGAGUGUUCAAUUUCAGAAGUGUUCUUAUUCCAAAGUUGCCUAUUCAAGUUCCAUGGAAAUCAAUUCUCUUCUUCACUCUCUUCUUUUCAAUUUCGGGAUUCUAUGUAUCUCAAUAUUCUACAUUUCACAUGAUGCUUCGUCAUUUCUAUGUAUACUUUCUUUGCAUUGAAAUUUCCAUUUGGUAUUACACCAAAGAAUUUCGUAUGUUUUCUAGAUUUCCAGUGGACUGGCUUUGUGGUCACUCAGUUGCUCGGAAUACAACUGUGUAUAGAAACUGGAAUAUCCAGAAAUAA